UUCGCCGCGGCGGAAGUGGCCCUUGGCGGCGGGAGCGCUUCCGGGGCGGCGUGUCCGGCGCCGGGACGAGCCUCGGCGGCAGCGGCAUCAUGACGACGCUCCGCGCCUUCACCUGCGACGACCUUUUCCGCUUCAACAACAUCAACCUGGACCCGCUGACGGAGACCUACGGGAUCCCCUUCUACCUGCAGUACCUGGCCCACUGGCCCGAGUACUUCAUCGUGGCCGAGGCGCCCGGCGGGGAGCUGAUGGGUUACAUAAUGGGUAAAGCAGAAGGCUCUGUGGCUAGGGAAGAGUGGCAUGGACACGUUACUGCGCUCUCUGUUGCACCAGAAUUUCGACGGCUGGGUUUGGCUGCUAAACUGAUGGAACUACUGGAAGAAAUUUCAGAAAAAAAGGGUGGAUUUUUCGUUGAUCUCUUUGUGAGAGUAUCAAACCAGGUUGCGGUAAAUAUGUAUAAGCAACUAGGCUACAGCGUGUACCGGACAGUAUUAGAGUACUACUCUGCUAGCAGUGGAGAGCCAGAUGAAGAUGCUUAUGAUAUGAGAAAAGCCCUUUCCAGAGAUACAGAGAAGAAAUCAAUUAUACCUCUGCCUCAUCCUGUGAGACCAGAAGACAUUGAGUAAUUUGUUCUGCGCUCUGCUCCUCAUUUUUGCCGGCCUCCUCCUCUGCCCAGCAGCCCAUCGCUCCUGGAGCCAGCUGACCCACCGUCCAUUCCCUGACGGACCGACAAGCGUGGCCUCAGGAACCCCUGCCGAGGUGUCGCAGGGGCAGGGGGAGCGUCGGGGUCCCCGAGCCCCAAGUGCGUGACUGAAUAAAACACUCGCCAUCUCCUUUGUCCUCA